GAACUUGUGCUGGCCUUUCUUAAACUGGGGAGGCGUUGGGCAGAGCUGGGCUGCGGCUCCGCCCCCGGGGGUUGCCGUUUCCUUAGAAGGCGAAGCCCUAAGCCUGGCUUCUCGCCCGCGGGGAGUCCGUGGUACGCCUCCCGCACCCCUCGGGACCAGGACUUCUGCGAGCGCGCGGGAAGACCGGCGGAGCCUGUGCUUCAGCUCGGGCGUGGACGGGGCGGGCGCUGGGGCGGGGCGCGCGCUCGCGGGUUUGAAUGGAAGGGUCUAGACCGGCGGAGACGGCGGCGAGCGGGUCCUGAAACCAGAACUCCACCGCCGCCCCGCGCGCCAUGAGGCGGGAGAGGUGUGGCGCCUCUCGCCCGCGCUUCGACCAUGGAGGUGCUGCGGCGCUCUUCUGUCUUUGCAGCGGAGAUCAUGGACGCCUUUGAUCGCUCGCCCACAGACAAGGAGCUGGUGGCCCAGGCUAAGGCACUAGGCCGGGAGUACGUGCACGCGCGGCUUUUGCGCGCCGGCCUCUCCUGGAGCGCUCCAGAGCGUGCCUCGCCUGCCCCUGGAGGACGCUUGGCAGAGGUGUGCACAGUGCUGCUGCGCUUGGGAGAUGAGCUGGAGCAGAUCCGUCCCAGCGUAUACCGGAACGUGGCCCGGCAGCUGCACAUCCCCCUGCAGUCGGAGCCUGUGGUGACGGAUGCCUUCCUGGCAGUGGCAGGCCACAUCUUCUCAGCAGGUAUCACAUGGGGCAAGGUAGUGUCCCUGUAUUCCGUGGCCGCGGGGCUAGCGGUGGAUUGUGUCCGGCAGGCUCAGCCUGCCAUGGUUCAUGCCCUGGUUGACUGCCUGGGGGAAUUUGUACGCAAGACCUUGGCUACCUGGCUUCGGAGGCGUGGCGGAUGGACGGAUGUCCUCAAGUGUGUGGUCAGCACAGACCCUGGCUUCCGCUCCCACUGGCUCGUGGCCACGCUCUGCAGCUUUGGCCGCUUCCUGAAGGCAGCAUUCUUCCUGUUGUUGCCAGAGAGAUGAGCUGGCCACCAGGGCAGGGGCCACUCCUAGGGUCCCUGGGCCCAAUCCAAGGGCCUCCAGUACCUGCAAAGCACCUCCCUCACUCAAAUUGGGAGCAUUUAGCCCCUGGGGCCCUGUCCCAAACCCCAUUCCUUUGUGGACCCUGGCCUCUGGGAGAGGAGUGUGGAAAAAGCCAGAGUCUGGAGCUGGCCUCUGUGACUGCUGUAGCUCUUCUCCUGGGACUCCUGCCAGAAAGUCAGGGUCGGUGUCCAGCCCUCGAGAAAGGGACCUGUGAAUACUUUCACUUGAUUUCCCAGGCCCCACCCAAGGAAGGGGCCUUCCCCAGACAUGAGCUGGCCUCAGUCUUUGUGGGAAGCAGGUCCUGUACGUUUGACCUGAAGGGGACUCUGGCUAAUGCAGGAGAAGCCAGGGAUGCAGAGUAAGAGAGCUUCUUGCUGCUUAGGCUAUUUCUAGAUGAAGAAGGUAUCCUUAAGCCACGAUGGGUCCUUCGUGGCAGGAACCAGAGAGGUAGGGCUCUAGGCUAGUUCACCUGACCAAUGAACAAGACAUCCUGUGGAUGAGGGGGUCUGUAUAAGUUAUACUCCAAUAAAGCUUUACCCAGUGAAGUGUGA